GGAAUCCCUACGCUGCUGAUGGCGGCCGGCAGCUUCGACGACAUUCUGGCCAUCACAGGAUUCUCCACCUGCCUGGGAAUCGCCUUCUCCACAGGCUCCACAUGGAUGACCAUCGGCAAAGGCCUGCUGGAGGUGGUGGGAGGAGUCAUCUCUGGGCUGGUCGUGGGCGUCUUCCUGUGUGUCUUCCCCAGCAAUGACCAGCAGGAGGACCUGGUUUUGAGGAGGACCCUCAUGUUGGUGGGUCUGUCCGUCUUCUCGGUCUUCUUCAGUCACGUGGUCGGGUUCUCUGGAGCCGGCGGGCUCUGUACGCUGGUCCAUUCCUUCUGUGCCGCUCUGGGCUGGAAAGGUGAAAAGGCUCCGGUGGCAGCGAUGGUGGGUCGAUUGUGGGACCUGUUCCAGCCUCUCCUGUUCGGUCUGAUCGGAGCGGAGAUCACCAUCUCCACCCUCAGCCCCAGCACUGUAGGUCUGGGGAUGGCCUGCAUCAGUCUGGGUCUGCUGCUCCGUCUGAUCGUCACCUUCCUGUUGGUCCACUAUGCUGGGUUCAACCUCAAAGAGAAGCUCUUCAUCGCUGUGGCCUGGCUGCCCAAGGCCACCGUACAGGCUGCCAUUGGCUCCAAGGCGCUGGACAUGGCGAGGGAGCAGGAGGACGCAACCUUGAUCAAGUUUGGUCUGGACGUGUUGACCUUGGCGGUGUUGGCCAUCCUGACCACAGCCCCCGUUGGUGCCCUCGGAAUCGGACUGGCGGGACCACGCCUCCUGGCCCGUCAGAUCAAAGAGGAGGCCGACAGUGAAGCCGGACCUUCCGGUCCCACAGAACCGGUUCAAGAGAAAGACAGCAGGAGCCCAGAGAGCAGACUGUGACGGCGGCGCCGCUGGUUCCUCGCCAUGACUCCGCGUUUACAUGAAGGAUGAGUGAAGUCGGUCUUUGCUUAGGUCCUCCUGACCACCCAAAUGUCAGAUCAGACCGAGUUCUGGUUCUGCAGAACCUCUGUGGUCUUUUUCAACAGAACUAUUGAUUGUUUUGGUGUUGAUGAGUUUGAAUUAAAGAUCAAAGGAGCAGAAA